AUGAUGAAAUCAAUUGUGCCCUUGCUUCUUCUAUUGGCGCUGGCGCUUAUCCAAACGGUUAAACUCCAAAUAAUGAACGAUAUCCCUUUGAUCAAUUACCAAAUGGUCCCUUCGCAAAGGUGGAAGGUGUCGGCAAAAGAGUUGGUGAAGUUGAAGGAAAAAUUGAAGACUUUCGUGGCGGCAGAAAUUCAGAAAGAAGGAUCAACUAUGCUUCGAAAAUAUUACAAGGAAUUUUACACGUCAGCAGAUGAACAAUCGGAUGAGGCCGAGUCUUCUGGGGAGUCUUCCUCGGAAAAGGAAACUGAGAGUGAGUCUCUCCCUGAAAAGGCAGAAAUGGACGACCAGGACGAAUCGAGUAACGCCUUCAACGUAAAUGGCCCUAUUCAAUUAAUAUAA